AUGCACAUCGGUCGUUUCCUAUUUGCUUGUUUCGCUUGUUGCUUCUUCAUGAUUGGAUAUUACAUCGUAGAUUUAGAAACAGCGUACAGAAACAUCGUUUUAUUCGUUAGCUUCCCGAUUUACGACAACUCGAUGUUUGACACGUGCCCUCUUGUCUUACACAAUCACAUGGAUCCAGAGCUUUUGAAAUUCCAUCAUCCCGGAUACAAUCCGAAGGAAAACUGUACCAUCUACGAGCCGUUCACUGAAUUGGUUGAUGCUCAGGUUCUUGUCAAGGAGAAGGCUAAGGACUAUAACUGUCAGGCGAGGUGCAUUCUUCACUACAACGAUUGCAACUACACCGAAGGAACAUGGAUCAACCUUCCAUCGUCGAAUUUAUUCGAAUGUGAUAUUAUCGAGACCAGUUGUAGCCAAAAUGAGACAAUUGAAGCAUUUCUUCACACACAAAUAUACGAACGAAAAGGAGCACGAAGCACAUUUCCACAAUCAAUCGAUGAGGACUCUCAUAAUAUUUCGAGGCCCGACGUCUUCAUUUUCAUUAUCGACUCAACUUCUUCAUUUAUGGCUAAGAGAUCGCUUCCCAAAACGCUUAAAUAUCUGAAGAGCAUUGGUGGAGUACAAAUGGAAUUCCUUAACAAAACAAUGGUCGCUCAAGAUGAUAGUGCAGGUUUCGCGUACUACCCCAAUUGUAUGGGCUUCAACAAAACCGAGGCUAACCAUGUCUGGAGGUCAUUCGACCUUCGUAGAAGGUCAUCUUUAAAUUUGAAGAAAAGUUUCGACGACGCGUGCAGUGAGCGUCAUUUAGAAAUGAUGGACUAUCUAGAAAAAUUCAUGAAAUCUUAUCCAGACGCCGAUCUUCACGUCCUUUUUGUAGCCGCAGAUCGUAUUAAAUUUCAUGUGAUCGCAUUGAAAGAAACAAAAUUCAAGAAGACCGACAUAAGCCGACUAAACAGCAAGGGUCCUUGUCAUCACUGGAGAAAAGGUGCAGUCACGAAAUGUCGGCGGCAAACGCUUUGUCGUCCACCGGACCAUUGUCCUUCUCGUCAACUCAUACGAGAUCCUCCUCGCAUAGCCCUCCUACAUCUUGAGCUGACGCGUCAUAAGAAGAUCACAAUCAUCAACUGUUACUCACUGACGGGCGUAGCUGAUGACUACGAAUUGAGUGCGCUCUACUAG